AUGGAUUUUGAGAAAAUUUUUUGGCUCCCCAAUACACUAUACCUAGUUGUCGGUUACGAUUUCCGACAAGUAUCAAAAUCAUACUUGAAGAAAAUUCUAAUGACAGCGUUUUUAAUACUAACUAAUAUAACCGGUAUUUGUAUCCGAAUUUAUAUGUUGAUACAACUUCGGGAGUUAGUCUUGAGUGGUGAUAUGUUGAACAGCUUUCGCUUAGGAGUAUAUAUAUCCUAUGCAUUUGAUUCGAUUGUGAAGUUUUUUGGUUUUCUACACAACGCGCAUCGCCUGCGUAAAAUUUACGAAUCUUUAGCCACUGAGUUUCCGCAGACAUUCAGCGAACAGCAAUUCUAUCAAGUUCAUAAAUACAGCUUUAACAGAUCACGUAUCUUGAUUUUCGCUUACCUGUCGGUGACGAAUUCUAUACUACUUGGACCUAUAGUGCAGUCGAUUAUCAUGUAUAUUAUCGAUGCAUUUCUAUAUGGUUUAUCGGGAGCAAAAUUUCAAUGCUUACAUCCGACACCUAUAACCUAUAACUUUAACUUUUGUUCGCCACGAUAUUAUAUACCUAUUUAUAUUGUGGAAUAUUUAAAUGGUCACUUUCUCACCACAACCAGUUUGGGUACGGAUUUGUAUGUAUGUACUUUCGCCGCACAGGUGUGUAUGCAUCUCAAGUAUCUGGGAAACUCCUUGGAAGGCUAUGAACCGAGCGCCGAUAAUUCCAAAGCGGAUUGCGCGUACUUAAAGGAGUGGAUUAAGAAACAUCAGUUAAUGCUACGUUUAUGUGCUGAUAUAAAUGACGUUUUCGGAACGACUCUGCUGUUCAAACUAAUAUCAAAUUGCACCGUAUUUUGCAUAAUUGUAGUUCAACUAAAGCUGGAAGGUUUUGGCUGGGGAUUUCUAAACUUCUUAUGCUUCUUUUUCGUUACUGUUGCCCAAUUUUUCAUGGUAUGUCAUUUCGGACAGAAGCUUAUUAACACUAGCGAGGACGUGUCACUUUGCGCUUACAAAAAUCGUUGGUAUAAUGGAUCGAAAGCAUACAAAACAUUACUAUUUACUAUAAUUGCGCGUUCCCAAAAGUCCUGCAAGCUAACAGCGAAAGGGUUUCAGCCGAUCUCCCUGCAGACCUUUCAAAUUGUGAUGACCAUGACCUAUCGUGCAUUCGCCGUGUUGCAACGUGCUUUGGAUUAACUUGUGUACGGAUGAUUAUGACAGUUCGAAAGUAUAGAAUUACUU